GAAGUAUGUCACCACACACACAAAAAAUGCACUUUUAUGAAAACUGGUAAACAAUUAUAUUUAUAUUUAUGCAUUAACAAAACAAAAUUUAUGGUCUAGAAUAUACUAGUAAAAAUAAUUAUCGUAAGAGUAUAAAAUGGUUCAGCCAAUGAUAAAUACUAUAAACACACGAUUUCAUCCUUAUCAUGGUGAAAAUAUAAUAUUAACUGAAAAUAACACAGUAGCAUAUAGAACAAAAAGUUUCGCCAAUGCAGUAACUUUUAGUGAAAAACCUCUAGCUCCCGGUGAAAUUUUUCUGCUGGAAAUAGAACAAAAUGAAACAGGAUGGAGUGGGCAUAUGCGAUUAGGACUAACUCAACUAGAUCCUUUGACAAUGUUAAAACCGGAUUCUAUUCCAAUGUAUGCAUUGCCAGAUCUUUUGGAUGUAGCAAAAUCUUGGAUAUAUGGAAUCAGUAAAGCACAAAACAGUAUUUUUGAAUAUGGUGAAGGAAAUGGCUGGAAAUGCAUUCCAGCUGGUACAAAAAAGGAAAAUAGCAAUCAUAACUUUAUCAAGACAUGUAGAGGUUCAGUACCUGUGAGUUUGUUAAAACCUAGUAUACCAGGACCAAUUCUUCCUACAGACAAAAGUAGUAGGAUUGGUGUGAUGUACAUACCUACAGAUGAAUUUGAAGCAGAUAUGCAUUAUAUUAUCAACGGGGAAGAUCAAGGAGCCUGUGUUAAAAAAAUUCCCUAUACAGAAGCACCUUUACAUGUUGUAGUUGAUGUAUAUGGUGUUACAAAAAAAGUUAGGAUCAUUCAGUUGUAUGAAGUUCCUUCACUUCAAUCUGCUUGCAGGGAUGCUAUUUUACAUCACAUUUCAAAAAAGGCUGUUCUUUCCUUGCCUCUUCCAAAAUUUUUGAAAGAAUAUUUGCUGUACCAAACUUGAACGAAUAUCCUGUAUUGAUUGGUUUAAGGUAAUUAUUUGGACUGUGUAUCUAUAUAAUAUUCCAUAUGUCUGUAUAUUUAAUACCACUCAACAUUUGGCAGACCUUCAAACAAAUUUAGAAAAUUGUUUUCUGAACUGCGUUUAGCAAGACUGAACUAAUAGCAUCCCAACAUAUGCAUUAUGGUUUCUUUUUAUGAAUUGUGAUUUGAUUAUUUUAAUAUAUAUCUUUUAUUUGUAAGCCUUAUUUUGUUAAAUUUUUCUAUAAAAUAUAGAAAAUUGCUUAUUUA